CCGAAAAGGGUCGACAUUUUCGAAUACACGGGGUUCUCCGAGAAAAUCGAACACAUGCUAGAUUUAUGAAAUGCAAAUAUCCCUGGAUGUCUACAAGGUUGCAACUCGUCAUGCUAAAUCUGAAUCAUGCAAAAAAUCUGUGUUGCGUGAUUACCAACAGCCGUCUUUUUUUAUCAAGUUGAGAGGGAGUUUCUCAUUCAGGUAAGGCAUGAUAGAGAUCUCACAGAAUUUGUCAUGCUAGGAGCUGCAUUCUAAACCUUAUGAGCCAUAGAACAUCUGCAUGACAAACAUGGCAAUCUUCCAGACCCAGACAUUUACAUUUUUGCGGUUGAUAAGAAGAUGACAGCAGGGCGUGGGCGCCGACGAGGAGGCAAAGGAGAAGAAAAGAAGAUGUUGGGAACCACGAGAAAGAGAAGGAUACGGAUACACACUCCCGGCUCGACGUUGAAGAUGAAGAAGUUGAAGGUCGUGCAAAGAACUCUUCUUCUUCCUCCACCCACGGGAAGAUUGCGAC